AUGUCACCACACGCCGUGCAACCAACCCCAGGGUCGCCGCGCCUAGGUCUGGAUUUCAACAAAUUCGCCGUCACCAGAAACGCAUUCCUGCCUGAAAAGAGCCCCGUCCACGUCUUGUCAGACCCAUACUACCAGCCGUGGGAAGCCGUGGGACAAAACUUGGCUCGAUUAAUCGACGACGGCACCAUUCACGAUGCAAUUCGCCAACUACCGAUCCUCUCUGUCGAUAAACUGGUGUCCGAGGCUGAAUGGCGCCGAGCGUACACCAUGUUGGCGUUCAUGACACACGCCUAUGUGUGGGGUGGUGACAAGCCCGAAGAGAUACUGCCUCCGCAAAUAUCAGUCCCAUUUCUUAAAGUGUCUGCUCACGUUGAGCUGCCGCCUGUGUUGACAUAUGCCGCCGCCAACCUGUGGAACUUUACCUGCCAGGGCGGCGAUGACUUUUCCGACCUGGACAAGCUCCGGCUGUGCUUCUCCUUCACCGGCACCGAAUCCGAGUCGUGGUUCCUCCUCAUCAGCGUCGCCAUGGAGGCCAAGGCGGCCGGUAUCCUGCAGACCAUGACCACGGCGCUCGACGCCGUCAAGGCCCGCGACUACGACGGCGUCGUUGCAGGGCUCGAGGAGCUCCGCCGCUGCAUCGACAGCGUCGCGCAGCUCCUCGAGCGCAUGUACGAAAAGUGCGACCCCAUGACCUUUUACCACCGCAUCCGCCCCUUCCUCGCCGGCAGCCAGAACAUGGCCGCCGCGGGCCUGCCGCGCGGCGUCUUCUACGACGAGGGCGACGGCCGGGGCGAGUGGCGCCAGCUGCGCGGCGGCAGCAACGGCCAGAGCUCGCUGAUCCAGUUCUUCGACGUGGUGCUCGGCGUCGAGCACAACGGCCACGGCGACAAGAAGCACGCCAGCUUCCACCAAGAGGUCCGCGAGUACAUGCCGGGCCCGCACCGGCGCUUCCUCGUGCAGGUUGCGCGCAUGGGAAGCAUCCGCGAGCUGGCCAUGGUCGCGUCGUCGUCGGAGACGGACGCGCAGAAGCGGCUCCGCGACGCGUACACGGCGGCGACGACGGCGCUGACGGCGUUUCGCCAAAAGCACAUUUCUAUUGUGACGCGCUACAUCAUCAUCCCGUCCAAGCAGCCGUGGCAGGGCAAGACGGGCAAGCAAAACCUCGCGAGCUCGUCGUCGACGUCCAAGGAUGACGAGCAGCUCACGGGGACUGGCGGCACGGCGCUCGUGCCGUUUCUCAAAAAGGCUCGCGAUGAGACGAUGGAAGCGGGCAAGCUGCAAAGGAGGCAGUAG